UAUGGCUGAAGGCGGGAGUGGGGAUGGCCCACAACAGACUUCGGAGACGCCCCCGCCCGCGUACAGUGAAAGCAGUAAAGUGAUCACGGCCAAGUUCAACGAGAAAGCCUUCAAGUUCUCUGUCAACCUGCUGGAAGCAUCCCGAAACAGCAUCGACUUCCUACGACUCGUGAACAAAACUCCGAGUCUAUACGACGAGCCUUUGAUCAACUAUGCGAUCUACCGUUACGAAACGUUUUGGUUGCCCCUCGCUUCGAAGUUCACUUCGAGUGGUUCAGCCAAGUGGGCGGCUCCUCUGGACAUUCAAUGGGCAUGGCAUGUGCAUAUGUUAGCUCCGCUUUACUACGAAAAAGACUGCAAAGAAAUAGUGGGUUGUGUAGUUGACCAUGAACUGAAAUCGUCGAAAGAUUACUCGAAAGCAAUGGCUGCUGCGAAGAAGGCAUGGGAACAAACGUACCCGCAGGAGCCAUUUGAAAUAGAUUUGAAAAGCGACUCAAGUGGCACUAAAAUAUCAAAACCGCCCGAGUCUUUUGUUUCGAAGAUAACAUACGAUAUUGCCACAGCGUCGUCGAGACAGAAAACGUUCUUCUAUCAGUGCAGUUUGCCCCACUACUUGGACAAAGUUUUCCUCGAGAAAGCCAUCGAGCGGUACAAAAAAUACUUAUUUCUGAAAAGUCACAAUAAAAACACUUUCUUGGUUCCAUGUUAUGAUUUUGACGUUGUUUGGCACGCGCAUCAAGCACAUCCGUUUAAGUAUAAAGAAGACACGGAAAGGAUACUUGGCAAAAUGCUGAAUCACGAUGACUCAGUGAAUGAACGCCACGAUGGGUCGAAGUUGAUGCAAGCUGACGCUCUCACAAGGGAGUUAUGGUCAAAGGUAUUCAACGAGUUUUUCAACAUCAACGGAGCGAUGUUCAGAGGUGACAUUCCUUCUGGAAUGGGAACUAUGUCUAAAGAACAGCUACUCAAAGUCGGCUUUUCUCAGACCCCUUUCAAGAUAACUCAGCUGAAGCUUACUAUGGGCAGCGAUGUGCAUUAUGAUAGAAAGAAGCUGAAGAUAGUGAUCAAGUACGGUAGCCGUAAGAUGGCGGUCAAUUUGGCUCCCUGGCAAAACUCGUGGGAUGAGGGACUCAAUGUGAACUCUGGAAGCAACCAGUUCGUUCUGGACUCCUCCCUCAUUCACAAACUCGAUAUAUCCCUGGAGAGGCCCAAGCUGCUGAACUGUAUCUCGGAGACACUGGGCGAAAGUGGGCUGGACUUGAGGGAGAUCACACACCACAAUCCCACCACGGAGGAGAACACCUACUCGACCACAGUCUAUCUCAUGAAGAAGAAGGCAGCCUCCUCCGGCGGCUCGACCAGUGCCGCCAAAGCGGACAGAACCUCGGGCGUUAGUCUGCAGGUGACAAUUAAGUUCGAUCCACCUGUCUGCUCCAGUGCGAAGUUUGCUCUGUCGGCUGGCCAAUACGAGAGGUCAGAUGGCAGUGGAUUGCUGAGCUACUUCAAGCAUCCUACGCAUACGUGCCAGGAGCAGACUUCAAUUGACAUGGACACUGCUUCCAAUGUUCUGCUGAAUACGUGGGGGGAGGUGUCGUUCCGCAUCACCACAGUCCACUCCACCAGUCUCAUGCUCUCUUCCCUCCUCGUGUUCGACGACAACUCCAAACUGCUCGCCAUCUCACACCUCAUCGGACUGGACACCCUGCCCGCACAAUCACAGCUUUCCACUAAAGAUGCGAACAGUCGAUGUUUUUUGGACAAAGAUGCCGGCGAGAGAGCUCUGCUCCUCAAAGGUCCCAAUGGAGGUGACUGGGGAAUCCUGAUUGGGGGCUGGACCGGGUUCAAACAAGGUCAAAGGGGCAUCCCAGGGGUCCCGGGCGACAGGGGCUCAAAGAGGAGAGGGAAAAGAGGAGUCAAGGGGUCCCCAGGCAACCCUGGAUAUCUAUACUGUCGGUUCUACAAUCUCAAGAACUUUGAUGGGUCUUCGGAGGUCAUUCAUUGCUUGUACGCGGCCAGAAAUGAGUUCAAAUUCACCAUCCCAGGUUACGUGUCUGUCAAUCUGCGUAAUGGUCAUGUCGAAAUAGCGGACGGAGCUGUGGAUGCUGAGCUGGGCAUGAAAGUGACCUUAGCCUUCUCCAUCGCCAUGAUGCACGUGUUAUGCCAGCCAAGACCCCCCGAUGGAGCGGACAGGGCCCAGUACCCGAACUCGAUCGACGUCGACUCCUUGGAGAUGGUGGUGGCGGCUGGCUACUACGCGGGAGUGCCCCACAACACCAAGAUCAACCAGUACUCGGGCGGGUGUGGUGGGUGCGGAGGAUGUGGUGGGUGCGGGGGUUGUGGCGGCUGCGGAGGCUGUGGAGGUUGUGGUGGGUGUGGAGGAGGAUGCGGCGGAUGCGGGGGGUAGGCGCCUGCCCUCAUGCUCACCUCCACUUCGCCUGUCUGUUCUAUUCACUCACCCAAACGGCCGAACAACCAGCCGCAUCGAUUGAAGAAACAUGCACAAAGAGAACAUAAUUUACAAUCUUCGCAGUGGAAAUUGUUCUAUCCAUUGUCCUCCUUUUUUAUCCCGAUAGCCUUGAUCUUUUCUACUCUUCACUGACAACAACAGUAUAGAAAUAUUCCAAGAGAAGCUUUCGAAUGCACUUUUCUAAACUCUAAAUUAAAAACUGAAAGAAAAUUUAUUUUUCAUUCAAUGCGGUGCAAUUUAAUCAUGUCCAUGUUAAUUAGCUUGCAAGUACAAAUUGUUUAGCUGGAUCGCAGUGUUUUUCUCAGAGAAAAAUAGUUGUAAAUACUUUAUAUAAUAUGAAAUAUAAAAAUAGUUGCCUGCUAGCGGGCUGUUUGAAUGCACAUAUUUUAGUUAUUAAAUUUAGAUUUAUUUUGAGUUUUUUCGAUGUGAAUCGUGAACUCAACAUAGUGAAACUAACCAACUGAUUUGAAGAAUUCGCAUAUCCGUAGCAGUUUGGUUUAAUUGUUUGUGCGAUCAUCAUUAUAGUAAAUAAAA